UGUAAAAUCACAUUCGGGUUAAACAUCGUUACAAACACACAUAUCUGAACUCAAUACAGUUAACGUUGAACUAAAUGUGCAAAUAUCGUUAUUUUAAAUAGCAAUGAGUCAUAUCGUUGAGGUGAGCGAGACGCCUUUUUGGUUCGCAGGAUGAAAUAAACGUGUCGGUGUUGUUUAUCGAAUUUUUAACCUCGCCGCCGGGGCUUGCGAUGUUAUUGAAAAUAUUCUUUGAGUGCCGCCAGGAACCGUGUAUAUAGUGUGAUGUGACUUUAGUGGCGAGUAGAAGAAAUGCAACGGGAAAAUAGGGGGCCCGGACCCCCUUGGGGAAUGUUUUUAAUCUCCAUAUCUUUCCUGCUGGGAAUUGCUACCCUUUCCGCCGCAGAGAAAAGCAAAUAUUAUUCAAUGCAAGCUCUCUGCAAGAACCACUUCCUUCAGCAAGUUUAUCGCAAAAUCGACGGUGCUUUACUUUGGUCACAAAAUGAAAGAAACCUAGAUUGCGUUGUAACCUUUCAGACGCAUUCGAUACUUCAGCGAUUUAUGCUAAGAUUCGAUUUUCUACAAUUAGACUGCAACGAUCAUCUGUAUAUUUAUGACGGUGCACAUCCUGUAGGGACUUAUAAGUCUGAUUUAACAUGCAAGAAUACGAAGCAAAAGCUGGGGGUGAUGUUCACGAACACAAAUUAUGUAACACUCAAAUACGUCACCGAUGGAUGGGGUACCGACUCGAAUGGAUUUAAAUUAGUUAUAACAGCCGUUAAGGACAUCAAGCAUACAUGUACGGAAUAUCAAUGUAAAUUAAGAAAAUUGUGCAUUGCGACGGAUUUGCUUUGCGACGGUAUUAAUCACUGCGCCGAUGGAUCAGAUGAAUCGUCCAACACACUAUGUCAAAACAACGAGUCCGGCCCUAUUCUCGGUUUAGAAGUAACAGGAUUCGUCGUAGUUGUAGUAAGCAUCCUUUUAGUAUUAUUAUUCCUCAUCGCGGCCGUUGCGAUUUGUAUAUGUAGAAGAGGAGGAAAUGCGAGACCUCGUAACUCGACGCAACAGCAAAACGCAUCGUAUUCACUUCAGCAAAUGUAUGGCUCCAAUGGAGCGAUGAAGCAGCAAGGCUCAAUGACAACUCUCCCCAUACAGGGAAACUGGUGCCACCCUGCGGGCCCACUAGGGUUCCGCCACAGCACGCCGCCCCGGGCCCGCCUCUACUGCCUGGCAAAAUAAGUCACGCACCCGCCAAUGGUGGUGAUGCGGACCUCGUCACGCAAAACCAACAGAAGGACGAGUGGUUCGUCUAGCAGUAGGGGCGGCCGGGUCGUAGCCUGCAGGGUGAGUCGGGUGCAGAACCCAGCGCUCGACCGAUAGCAUAAUUUUUCUACGUGUUUCAUUUAUCGACGACUACAAUGGAAGACGUGAGAUUCGGCUGGUAAAUUAUAGAUUUUAUGGACAAUUAGAAAAAAAACUAAAUCACUAACAUAGUGUAAAUCUUUGAUAUCUUCCCCAACCUUUCCCUCCCACCCCAAAAAACCCGGAGUGCUUGUUAAACCCUUUUGCAACUUUUUAUAACGAAAUAGGUUAACUUUCUUAAGACUAAUAAAGGAGAUCGGGGUUGAGAGAAUAAAGCAGAACGGUAGAAAAUUUGUAGAAUUUCUAGGUGAGUGUGAAUGACAAUACCACCAUUAAUUUUUAAUACACCACAUAAAAACAAUUAGAGUGUAUGGUGUAAGUAGCCUAAACGUAGCGGGUCUUAGUAACUGCGUUCGAUUGUGGUCAAAAAGCCUCGAUUUGCUGCGUUGUUCAAUGUAAAGUUUUCAGCUCACAACUGCCGAAUGUUAAACCGCUUCGAACGUGGAUUAAAAACAAUUAGACGAGUUUGAAUGUUUAACUUAAGGGAGAUAUAAACCUUCAAACUGAUCGAAAAACGUUAACGCACACCGCCAAUAGACAAAUACAAACAUAAUAACCUUAAAUUGGUCGAGAAUUGACCAUAUUUUCUAAAAUUUAUAUUUGAGUUUUGAAUUUGUCUAUCCUAUAAAUAAAUGUAAUUAUUACCUUAGAGUAUAUUAAUAUAACAAGAAAGCUAUGAAGUUAGCUAUAAAAUUUUAGCGUAAUUGUUUUUGUUUUUCAAAGUUGACCUUUCAUACCAUUUUUACACUAAAGUAGUCCGGAGUGUUUAGUAAUCCAUUGCUAGGGACUAUUUAAAGCUUGGCGGUCGAUAUAGGAGCUUCGUUUUUACCAUAAAACGCUUACGUCUUGUGAGCAAAUUUCAGAGGUUGUCGGUUAAUUAAUAACAAAGUGGCAAUAUCCCUUCACCUAACCAUAUCAGAGCAUGUCGAAAGUGUUUGUUUUUGUGUGAUUCAGAGCCGUUUUAUUCUGCGGCCCUAAAUAUCUACUUGUAGUAAUGGUUUUGUAAUGCAUAAGUCUCAAAAGGGCUUCUGUGACGGGUCUUGACUAACACUAGUAGAUACCUACCACCAUUCUCGUCUUCUUAUAGUUCUAAAUGUGAUCGUUUCUAUUAUACUCGCAAGUUCCAAUUUAAACUCUUCACAGAACCUCCUUUGGGGUUUAAUGCAAGUAUACCUACAACGGAAAUGUGAAAUUCCCGUGAUAACCCGCACAUAUCUAAUCCCCAAAAAAUAAUCCCGCACAUAUCAUAUACUGCAAUUAAUUUUUCCAGAUGUAAUUUGCUCUCAAGAAUUCAUAAUUUUGUGUGAUGUCAAAUGUAUACCGCGCUAACGAAAAUGCCAAUUAUGUACCUACCUACUAAUAAAAGUCACGGCAACCAUCUACAUGUUCGCAAAUUUUGUAAUCGUCAUUUUCAUUGCAAAAGACGCAAUCACCUUUUUUAUAGUUACGUUUCGAAUUUAUCGCAAGGAAAAUGACGAAGAUUUCACUCCGUAAAAUCAUCAGUAUUUUAAUAUAUAGACAAGAUAAA